CUCAUACAUUAUUGCAUUGACAACGAUCGAUAUGCUGAGCUCAGCUUGUGUAGACGUCAUGCGGCGAGUGCUUCGACGCAGUAUGUCGAGCUCUGUAGCCCCGCGUACGUUGCCAGCAGUUUCACCUGACGUCAGACUAGUGCUGGAGAACAGUAUAGCCCGUAGAGAGUCUUCGCGCGCUCUCGCGGCCUUCGACAAGUUGCAACAGGAGUCGUCACUCCAGGACCCUCAGCUGUUACAGCGUCUGGCGCUGCUUGUAGCCAAGCGUGGGCAGCCACACGAGGCUCCACGAGCCGCUCAGAUCCUUCGGCUCCUUCUCUCCCAGCCAAGCUUUAAAGCGGACGACGCGACGCAACUGGCAGCCAUCUACACGAUCGACUCGUGUCUGCGCGUGAGGCGACUGGAGGACGCGCUGUUGUUGUUUCAGGCAGCUAAGGAGAAGGACAUUCUGGUGGACCUUCCAGCAGUGAACGCGCUGCUGAAGACGUUGGUGGACGCUCACAGAGUGGACGAAGCUGUGACGAUCCUCAAGAACAUCACAGCGCAGCAUGACGUGAACCCCACAGAGCAAACGUUCCAGCCUGUGCUGGUGGCUGUGAUGCAGCAGAAACGAUACGAGGAUGUAGUGGCACUUAUUGAGCAUGGGAGAAGGCACGAAGUGGACUUUUCUCCCGAGGUAAGAGACAAUUGGAGGACAUUUAGGUGGACAACAGGAAACUCAUCUGUGAACUGUGGGUAGACGUACGACCCGCUGGUGGAUCUGUCGCUGGAGCAAUACACGAACGAGGACGUAGAACGACUAGGCAAGUUCAUGGAGUAUAUUAACAACGCUCUGGAAACAGACGGGUAUUGGAACUACGAUGACGAUGACGACGAUGAAGACGCAAGUGACUUUGACGACGAUGAAUUCGACGACGACUUUGACGAUGAGUUCGACUAGCUAAUAUGACGGAAGACUGUGCUUCUUUGCUGAUAGAUAUUAUAGCUUACAUGGUCGUAUUUUACAAGGCGUAGUGUUCUGCGCCUCCUGUUUUUUCUUUCCCUUCCAGCUCUUUGACCAGCUGCUGAGCCGUCGGACGAGUCGAUGGAUCCUGCACCAAACAAGCCGAGCCCACGCGCUGUAUCCGUGGAGGACAAUCUUUGGAGAACGUUGGACGCAACAUACCGGAUACGACAUCUUGUAAAAUCUGGACAGGCUUGACUUUACCCCCGCUCUCCGUCAACGCGUCGUGGUAUGGGAUUUUACCCGUGUCCAGCUCGGAUAAUACCACGCCGAACGAAUAAAUAUCUGCCUGCUCCGUGUACCGCUUGCCUUCCAAGAUCUCCGGUGCCGUCCAGUAUGGCGUCCCCACCCCCGCCGUCAUAGUGGCUUCAACGCUCUUACGACUCACUCCGAAGUCGAUAAGUUUCGGUUCAAGCAUGUGCGUAAGUAAAAUAUUGGUCGACUUUACGUCGCGAUGGAUACAUGACGGGGUUCGACUGUGGAGAUAAUCCAGAGCUUGUGCGAUACCGACAGCCAUGUGGAUUUUAUCUCGAGCCCAGGAUAACAAGUCAGCGUUCUGGUGCAGGUAACUCUGCAGACUUCCCAUUGGAACGUACUCCAUCACCAUCACCAAGUUGUUGAGAGUAUUCCAAGCCACACUGACGAACGUGACAAUGUGUGGAUGAUCCAGACUAGCAGUUAGUUCGAUCUCUUCAGCAAACGCUUGGACGCUUUCAGCCUUUUGCUGCUUAAUUUGUAGCAAUCUCUUGAUCGCAAUUUGCUGUCCGUUGUGUUU